AUGGUGCGCCGUAGCGAGGCGGCGAAGGGAGACAAGAAGGGCCGCCGCAAGGGCAACAGGCUCGCGCGUGGCUGCAUUGAUGAUGGGGAGAGGCAGCAGUCUGGAAAGCUAAUGUUGAACAACCCACUCAUCCCCCCCGAGCUAGACGAGGACAUUGACGACGAUCUUGCCUUCAACAGCGAGGACGAACGCUUGUAUGGCGACUUCUUUUCCGAACAAGCGUCCACAAAGCUGAAGUUAUCCAAGAAGAAGUCGUCGGCACGCCCGUCGCGCGAUUCCGCCCUACAUAAUGAUGACGAUGACGCGUUCCUAGAGGACGGCCUCGCCGUGGUGGGCAAGUCUGAGAGAAGUAGGGCGACAAAGAGGAAAAACAGCCGCGACGCGGCGGCGGAGGCUGAUUAUGGUCUCGACAAUUACCACGAAGAUGGUCUACAGAGCGAUGACGAUGAAGACUACAUUGACCUUAGCGACAUGCUCGACAUGAGCAUGAAGGCAGAGAAAAAGAAAAAGCAGGCAAGCGCGAAAAAGGCAACACGAGUGACGGAGACUGGCAGCAAGGUGGCCAAGAAGCAUCGAGCGAGGCAACUGACAGACGAGCCAGAGUCCGUGUUCGGUCUGGCGGCUGCCUCGGCCAGCGGCGGGGCGGCUUCCUACACGGGCGCGAUGCAGUGCAUAAUGCGACAGAGAGAGCCGUCCACGGACGGCGCCGUAGAGGUAGUGAAAGAGCGCAUCAAGAGGUCGCACCAGAGCAAGCACAGCCUCAUUACCGUGGACGCCGACGACCUGGCGAAGGACCGUCUCACCCGAAAAGAGGUGCGCGCUAUUGUAGAUGAGGGGAUGGAGCGCUACAAGCCGGUUCUAAAGGAGCUUGACUCCGCCAAGCACAUCCAGUUUCCCAUGCGCCUCCCACACAGCACCCCCGUCGCUUCGUCUGUCGGCGGCAUCGUGGCUGCCGCUGACGCGCAGUUCCGCUCCGACCGGACCGUCACGCCGGCCCACUCCAAUUCCUCCGCGUAUCGCCUCGGCAGCAAGAUGGAUGCGCUGCUGUCCAAGGCGGGUCUCUCACGUCGCCAAGUCAGCGAUGGGGCCGACUCGUCUAACUGCAUCGGUAGCUACGUGCCGUUUAAUGACGGCGAUGUUGAUGUGGCGCAGCGCCACGGUGUGGAGAACGGCGAGGCACCAACCACUGGGUACGUGGCAAAGCUGAAGGCAAUGCUGGCAUACGAGAACAGCCGCCGCAAGCGUCUUAACAGGAUCAAGAGUAAGACCUACCGACGUAUUCUACGCAAGGAGAAGGAGCGCGAGAAGGAACGCCGGCAAAAGGCGUUUGAGUUGCUGCACCCAGAGCUGGCUCGCCAGCGACUGGCGGAGCGUCUGUUCAAGGCCCGUGUAGAGGAGCGUGUCACGCAGAAACACAAAAAUACGAGUGCGUGGGUGAAACACGCAAAGCGGUUUGCUCAGUUUGACGGAGAGACAAAGGACGCCAUCGACGAUCAGCACGCGACGCAUCAGCGGCUCAUGCAGAAGAUGGAACAGGACGCCGGGGAGGAAAACUACGAGCGGUACGUGGCCGUCGACAACGAGAGUGGGGCCUCGAGCGACGAUGAGCGCGCCGUGGACGCGCUCAUCGAGAAAGUCGGUGCGUCUGGCGGGGCUUCGCUGAGCCGGCAAGACGUUGAGAGCAUCUUGUGGAGCGCUGUCGACGCAGUCGAGGACGGCGAGGACGCUGCGGCGGAGUGGAAGGUAGAUCCCAUAUCCAAGGCCCGCGCGGAGCUGCGUGAAAUGAAGUUCAUGAAGGACGCGCGAGAGCGGGAGGCGAAGGACUAUGAGAAUGAGCUCGAGGCUCUGCGGCGCGCUAUUGAGGUGCACCAGCGGGAGGAGCUUACUGGCGGUGAGGCGAAGGCAGAAGAAGCGGGGGACAGUGGUGUCGCGAGGAGGCCUUCGAGCAGCUCGGCACUACCGUCUGCCGUGGGCGGCCGCAUUGUGUUCAAAAAAGGCAAGAAGUCUGGUGCUGUGGAAGAGGUGCGGCUGCGGAGGCAGGAUGGCAUCUGCAUCGAGGCCAACGGCGAUGACGCUGAGCCCUCCUCCCACAACUCCGAAGACGCGGAUCUUGACGCUAUCGUUGCUGUUUCGUCCGCUGAAGGGGGCGGAAAAAUCUCGUCGGUGGUCGCGAGCGACCCUAUCGGAGACCUUAAGGCACACACCCCACGGACGGAGAAGACAAAUAAAUCCGCACCGUCAGCUCAGCGGACAUCAGAGUUCGCUGGCGCCCGAAAGGACGCUCAGCUGGAGCGUGGCUUGCUAAAGAAGAAAGCAACGUCCACUCGCGUCACCAUCCUACCCAGGAGGCGUGCGCGCCCUGAUGACACCACAGCAACAGAGAAGGUGACGGUGGCGGCUGGGACGCUGGAGGACUCGACGAGCGUCCCUGAGGAGGAGCUGCGGCUGAACCAGGAGUAUCUUAUUUCCCGCGCCUUUGCCCACGACGAUGUGGAUGAGGACUUUGUCAAGGAAAAGGAGUCGCAAGUCGAGACAAUCAUGCGGCCGGAGGACACGAAUCAGAGUCUCCCUGGGUGGGGCGAGUGGGGCGGCGAGGACCCGGAGCUGAAUAAGCGUCACCAAGAGGCUGUGCUACAUCAAAUGACGCAGAGGCAGAUCGAGAAAUCGUUUCUGCUCAAGAGCCGCGCCGACGCCGCGCUGGAGCACGUCAUUAUCAACCAUGACGGCGUCGAGCUGGUGCCAAAUCGCAUGACUCUUCACAUGGUGCCGCGCCCCUUCUCCAAUCCGCAAGAGUUCGUCCGCUCCAUGCGUCAGCCGAUGGGUCCCGAGUGGACGUCGGCGCUUUCAUUCAAAGAGGGCGUGCAGCCACGCGUGGAGGUGCGUCAGGGACAGUCGCUUCUCCCUCUCGACCUUUCUCUCCGAAAACCACUUACGAAGACAAAGCGCAGAAAGACCGAGGCGGGCUCCACCCGCAUCGCCUAG